GAGUGGGGGUGUCCUGCACAGCCACUAAGAUUGCCGGUGCCGCGGAAGAAUAUUUCAACGACGCGACUGCGGAAUAUUCUUCAUGUAGAUCGCUCGCUUCACCCUUUAAAAUGACGUCGAUUUCUUGGUUUGCAUGGAGAGCAAGCCUUUGGAAUCUGCGACUUUGCUGCGUUCUGUCUUUCCAUGUCUAUGGUCACUUUCCCACGGUGUGGAUGCUGUGUGGAGGCUAGGUGUCUCACGUUGUUUCACCUAAGCCGCAUAUAACUCGUUCUCUUCUAACGACUCUCCUUCCUUCGUUUCGUCCUUUUCUUUUCCUUCCUUGUCGUCUCCGCCCUCUUCUCGGCCAACAGCAUGGCCAACAAGGAUGCAUCUGACUCGGCGGCUGGCCUAGUAACGCCGCCCAAGAAGGGCAUCAGCAAUUGGAUCAAAUUUGGUGUACCAGUUGCUAUCCUCGUCAUCAUUGGAGCUGUCCUUGGCGGUGUCCUUGGUAGCCGAGCCGCCAAAAACAACAAUAACAAUGGCAGCAGUUCGUCCAGCAGUGCCAGUUCCGGAGGGAAUGCUCCGGUGGACCCCAGUGCUGCAGCGAGCGCCGAGCAAGCUAUCGGAAUUUAUGCAACGGCGACGGACAGCUACUACAUGGUUCCGCUUUACCCAUCUACUACCAAUACAGCAGCUUUCACUACCCCCACCAUCCUUGAUACCACAGACCCAAAAUACUCUUGGCCCAAGGAUUCCUAUGCACCUUCUAAUCCUAGCGCCACAUCUGUUCGAAGCGACCGCCCUCGCCUCAUUGCACCUGCAUACAAGUGGAACGCCCUUCCCACGCUGAUCCAAAAUGACCCAUAUCUGAAAUACUGGAACGAAACUAUCUUUGGAAACGCCACGGCCUAUUACUCCCUCCCGCCCGUUGUCUAUCAUAUGGACGGUGCCAGUGGUAUUCUCGACAAUGCGCGAGAAAUCAAAGAGAGAAUCAAGGCCUUCGCGUAUGCUUACCGCAUGACCAAUGACACCAAGUGGUCUGAUCGUUGUUGGCUGGAACUCCAGAACGCCGCUGGAAACGGAACAACGGCCUUUGGACCAGAUACAGACCGCUGGAAUUCGGGUCAUUUCCUUGAUGUCGCCGAGUUUUGUUCUGCUUUCGGAAUAGCCUAUGACUGGCUAUAUAACGUCUGGACCGAUGACCAAAAGGCCCAGAUUAGGUCUACGGUGAACACGUACGGACUGUCUUUGGGUGUUGCGGCAUUCAAUGAUGCCACCGUAGCCUACGGUUGGUGGAAGGACAAUGUUGACGGCAAUUGGAAUUGUGUCUGUAACGCUGGUUUGACAUUGGCGUCACUCGCAAUCCUUGGCGACGAUACGGAAGGAUAUGCCAAUACCCUUUUGGGUCUCACUAUCCCCAACGCCGUACAGAAUUGUGCCCAAGGCGUGUCUGAUGAUGGAACAUGGGCCGAGACACCCAACUACUGGUACUUCGGAACUACGGGUCAUGCUGAGAUGGCUUCAUCCCUUCUCACAGCGACGGGCUCAGACUAUGGCCUACUAUCUUCCAAUGCCGAUUUCUUCAGAACGGGCAACUUCCAUAUGCACGUCUUCGGCCCCACCUCCCUCUUCGACUGGGGCGACCACGGUCCGAACAAGUUCUCCUCUACCGCCAACUCCAUCAUCUUCUAUGGUUCACACUACAACGAGUCAUCAUAUAUGCUCUUCCAGCGCGAGCAGCACGAUGCCGCUGAGCCAUGGUCUAUGUUCUGGUACGAUCCUGCUAGUGCAGGUGCUUUCUGGGAUGGGAAGGAGUUGGAUUCGUUUUUCGGCAACGAGCUGGAUCAGUGGGUCGCUAUGAGGAGCAGCUGGACGGAUAUCAAUGCGUUAUACGUAGCCAUGAAGGCAGGUUUAAACCAAGGUCAUCAGACACACAACGAUCUUGACGUCGGCGAUUUCGUUAUUGAUGCCCUCGGCACACGGUGGGCUGGAGAGUUGGGUUCUGGCGAUUACCUAGCUCCCAACUACUUCAGCAACGACUCUCAAAACAGCGACCGAUGGAAGUACUACAGGAAGAUGACCGAGGGGCAGAACACUAUUUUGAUCAACCAAGCUAAUCAGCUCGUCACUGCUAAACCAACCAUUACUAGGAAUGGAACGACUGGUACCAAGCAAGGUUCAAGUACGGUCAUUUCGCUGGAGGAUGGUUCGACAGCUUUCUGGGUGGCUGACAUCAGCAGUGCCUACAAUGAUGCUUCUUCUGUCAAACGCGGUGUACGGAUGCUGAACCAAAGAAAACAAGUUCUCAUCCAGGACGAAAUCACCUCGACUGCUGGCAUUCAAUGGCGCAUGCAUACCAACGCGACUGUAACUACUAAUGGCGCAUCUGCAACUCUCGUUCGUGACGGUAAAACUAUGGAGGUUUCCAUUCUCAGCCCUAGCGGAGCUACUUUCACUACUUCGGAGGCGAAACGAUUUGACACGGACCCCACACCUCCUGCACCGGACCAGGAAAACCCUGGGAUCACCGUCCUUAUCAUAGCGCUGAACGCCGGGACGCAAAACAUACAAGUGUUGUUUAACCCUCAGUGGAAUGAUGGUACCCAGUUCAAGACUCCUAGCGGAGUAGCUCUCGAUGACUGGUCUCUGACUAGUCACAAUUGACGAUUUUCGGACGAACUAUGUUUCUGCGUUUCUCACAUUGUAGAAUAUCUGUUAUACCAAUGGACUGUUGAUAAGCGCGUGUGGUAUACCGUAAUACUGUAUUGAUGAACACUUAU